UCAGGAGGCGGAAGCGCGGCGGGGGCGGGAAGGUUGUAGUGCGGCACGUUGGGCGGCGUUUGUCUUAAGUGGUCGCGCCCCCUUCACAGCCCAGGUCGGACUGGCAGGCCCGCCUGGCUGCGCUCGCGUCCCGGGUGAUUGUAAAGUGCUGAUUGGUCGCCACGGAAUAUAAUUGAAACAGGAAAUACGAAGAUGGCAGCAAACCCUUCGGGACAAGGUUUUCAAAACAAAAACAGAGUUGCAAUCUUGGCAGAACUGGACAAAGAGAAAAGAAAAUUGCUUAUGCAGAACCAAUCUUCAACAAACCAUCCUGGAGCUGGCAUCGCGCUCUCGAGGCCGCCUCUCAACAAGGACUUCCGCGAUCACGCCGAGCAGCAGCACAUCGCCGCGCAGCAGAAGGCAGCGCUGCAGCAUGCUCACGCACAUUCAUCUGGAUACUUCAUAACUCAAGACUCUGCGUUUGGGAAUCUUAUUCUUCCUGUUUUGCCUCGCCUUGACCCAGAAUGAAGAACACUCGCGAUGAAAGUGACUUUGUAAUAUUAAAUGCCAGAGCCACUAUCGAUCAGUGCUAUACAAACUGUGACUUCCAGAAUUUUGGUAAACUUUUCCAUUUUUUGCUUCUUCAAAAGAAAAGAACAUGUACAUGAAAAUAAAAGGAAGGCCAAUGAAAAUGAAGAAAGCUUUGGAUAAUCCAUCUGAGGCCCCGACUGUGCUACCUGGUGUGUUACCGGUUUGGAAUACUGUCUGAUUUUUAACUGUAAACCAGGCUGAACUGGAUAGUUACCUAAAGUCACCCCAGCCCCUCCCAACAGGUUGGUCUGAAUAUAUCCUGUCCACAACAGACUGUCCAGAACCAUUUAUAGUACUUAGCUUGACAAGGGUGCCUUUUAAAACUGUGCACCAACAGGGUUAAAUAAGUUCUGUUCAUCUUUGGUUUGUACAGUUGAUGUCAGUGCACAUCUCCAUUGAUAGGCACGUGUGUGUCACCCGGAAACUGUGCAAUCAUAACUGCUUCCACUGUGCUCAUUCGAAAAGGAAAACCAAGAUAAGACUAAAUCACCAACCAGUCUUCAACAUCUUCUAUAACCAUCUGCCAUUAUAAGCAAUGUGACUAACUGCUGUUAAAAACAAUUAUAAGAAAUGUGACUUUAAAAUUUAUACAUGUUCUUAGUGUUACUACGUAAGUGACAUGCCUGCAUAGUUUUCAUGUCCAUUUUUGUUCUAAUUAAAAGCUUAUUCUGUAUGUU